AUGCAACAGCAGCAGUUCGCCGCACAGUUAGCGCAUUCGGGCGGCCGGCACUUGAACCUCCGGCGGUCCAUGUCACCGGGCGCGGUCAGCACCACCGGGUCCGAAUCGAGCAUCAGCCUGGGCGCCCCGUCGCCCGGCCCGCCGUCCAUGCCACCGCUGCCGCUCCAGUCGCUGCCGCCCCCGCCGCUCCAGCUGACCGGCGACCCGCCCCGCAUCGGCCUCACCAACCCGUCACCGUGCACGUUACCGCAACCGCUGGCGCUGCACAGACCGUUCACGUGA